AUGUCAAAAACGCGUUUUUAUGUCUUUUUUCCGUAUUUUGUUGCAGUCGCUACCAUUACGCGUCGAAUCGCCGCAAAUCCGCUUUCGCGGCUUCGCCGCGUAUCCGCGCUAGCGGGCAUAGCGGCGCCAGGAGGCGCGUGUGGGCGUCGCGCGGGCGGGGCCCCGUGCAUAGCAAGUACAAAAGGGCCUAGGCGAGAACUGUAUCGUAUCCUCAGCCCUAUUCACUCUUUAUCCUGUGACACAUCUCGAAAAUUUGUAUACGUUCUGAGAACAAUUUUAACUUUUAUCUUGUUCUUGGAUUUUUUGAAAAACAAAAUUCAUGAAGCCUCUUAUUUUUUCCUAGAAUUGUUUGACUACAGACAAACGCAAAUUAUCAAUAUUUUAAUAUCUAAAUUCACAUCUUAUCCAUGCUCUUCCUUUUAGGG